GAUCUACCCUGCAGGUGCCAGAAUUGAGGAGUUUCUCUAUGAAAAGCUGGACAUGAAAGCACCCUCCAGGGUUACCAACGCAGAGCUGCUGGGUCAGUAUAUGGAAGAUGCUGCGAACGAGUUUGGACCUGGUACACCGUACGGAAGCACUUUGCUGAAGGUUGGGGACUGUGAGAGGAGACUAGGAGCAGCAGAGAGAGAGUUCAUUCAGACCUCAGCCAUCAGCUUUCUCAAUCCACUCAGGAACUUCCUGGAAGGAGACUGGCGAACCAUCUCAAGAGAGCGCCGUCUGCUGGAGAACCUUCGCCUGGACCUGGACGCCUGUAAAGCACGUGUAAAGAAGGCCAAGGCGGCCGAGGCCAAGGCAGCGUGUGAGGGUGCAAUGGCCCCAGAUUUCCAGGAGACCAGACCUCGCAACUAUGUGCUUUCUGCCAGUGCCUCUGCGCUCUGGACUGAGGAAGUGGAAAAAGCUGAACAAGAUCUCAGGCUGGCUCAGACGGAGUUCGAUCGGCAGGCAGAAGUUACACGGCUGCUUUUGGAAGGCAUCAGUAGUACGCAUGUAGGUUAGCCACCAGAUUACUGGU